AUGGACUCUCAGAUACAGAUCGACACCUCGUGCGGAUCGUCUUGUACGGAGUCCAACGUCUCGUACACAUUCUUAGGCGCCGGCCCUACUGGCGUUGCAACAGACAGCCAAAGCGGUAACACCGCGACAAAUCACAACACGCCUCAAAUUCUCACGAUCGAUAGCUCUGCGAUUUUGCCCACGACCGCAUACUCGAGCUCGUUUCGAUUCACAAAGACGUGGUCACGUGACUCUGAAUCCCCUUCUUCGUCUAUCAUGGACAAGGCGUCUCUGUCCACGAUGACCACUGCAUCUGCGUCCAGUAUGUCGGACAAAUCCACCUCUGCCGCCGGUGCGAGCUCUACGCCAAAUGUGACGAACUCCAACGGCGCGGCUCCAGUCGGAAACUGGAAAGCCGGGACUUUGCUCUCGCUUCUGCUGCUAGGCGCAGCCAUCUAG